GACACGAGGUACCACCGAGCUGUGACUACGCUCUGCGUUUUUUUGUAUCCCGCCACGCUGCCACCUCCUCGUCGUUCGGGGCCGACGAGAGCAAACAUGCCGCCCACCGUGCGCACGCGGCGCGCCACCGGCAUCUCGCUUCCCUCCGGGGGCGCCCCGGUCCGCCGCAUGCCGCUCGCCCCCUUCGAUACGUACUGGGUGGCGCUGCCGCCCGUCAGCCGUGUCUUCUUCUUCGUGCCGCCGUCGCCUCCCGUCAGCUUCACGGACAUCGCGCGCGACCUCAGGUUGUCCCUUGCGGCGGUCCUCCCGGCGUUCCACCCCUUCGCCGGCAAGCUCGCCUUCUCGCCGGAGUCGCGCACCGUCGCCAUCGUCUGCGGGGAGGACGCCCGCGUUGAUUUCGUCGAGGCAGAGACGGAGCUGGAGUUGGCGAGGCUCAUCGAGGAAGGCGCCGAGCACGACCCCGAUGCGCUCGGGCAGCUUGUGCCGGACAUCCGCCGGGAGGAGCUUCCAGCGCCGGUGAUGGCGGCGCAGGUGCGUUGCCACGACCCACGAGCUUACGUGGAGCAGAGCCCUCUGUCACGCCACCUAAGGACGAUAACUUUUUUCUGCCUGUGUGCACUCACUGAUGGUCAGGUGACGGAGUUCGUCGGAGGCGGCGGGGGCAUAGCGUUAGGGGUGGCGGUGCACCACGCUGCUGCUGACGGCCGAGGGAUACUGCGGUUCUUGCAGAUGUGGGCUGCGGCGGCGGUAAUAACGCGAAGCCGGCGGGGCCGCGUGGGUGUCGCAGCGGAGCCGAUGCCGCCGCCGAUUCAUGACCGGAGCCUGGUGCGCUUCCAUGGCGACGAGGAGUUGGCCAGCGUGUUCUUGCGGCACCGCGCGCCGGAGUUGCCUAGAAUCGUGCCAAAGCAAGGCCCCUCUUCCGCCGCAACCACGGCGCCUCUGCUCUGCCGGUCCACCUUCACGUUCGCUGCGUCCGUGCUGCGGCGCCUGAAGCAGCGGAUCGCCGACAUGGGCGCCGGAACGGUGCCGUCCACCAUGGCCGCGCUGGCGGCGCACGGGUGGGUCUCCAUCGCGCGCGCCAGCAACUUCACGGACGGUGCCCCAGUGCACGCCGUCUUCCUGGCCGACUGCCGCGCGCACAUGUCGCCGCCGGUGCCGGCCGCCUACGCCGGCAACUGCGUCGUCCCGUGCUUCGUCACGCUGACCGGGGCGGAGCUCGGCGGGCUGGACGGGCAUGCCCGGGCCCUCUUCGCCAUCAGGGAGGCCGUCGAGGAGGUGAAGCGGGACCCGCUCGCCGACCGCAGCCGGUGGAGCAAGCUCAAGGACAUUCCGCGCGGCCGCGCGGUUAUCCUGGCGGGGUCGCCGUUGUUGACGGCAUAUGCGCUGGACUUCGGCUUUGGGAGGCCCGCGUUGUCGGAGGCGGCGUCCAUGAACCACGACGGCGAGAUUUUCCUCAUCGCUGGGAGGGAGGCCGGCUCCGUUCAGGCAUCGGUGGCCGUCGCCGCUGGCAAGAUGAAAGCAUUCCGCGAGAUAUUUGUGCUUGACUCGAGCAAGAAGGGUGGCGACGGCUGUAGCCGUCUAUAAAUGGUAUUAGCUUAAAAAUGUUGAAGUGAUGAGGGAACAAGAUCAAGGCUGGUAAAUGCCUAGUUACCUACUCCUAUGUUGAAAUACAUUCAGACAGGAUCUACCAAAAAUGGGAGAGGUGUCAAAGGAUGCUGUCAUGUUAAUGUUGGAAAAGGGGAUCUACCAAAAAUUAAUACAAAAUUCUCAAAAAUCCGAAAUACUCAUA